ACGAUGGCCUUGUGGUUCUUUACCUGCCUGGCGCUCUUCAGCGCGGCACAGAGCUGCGGCGUCCCAGCAAUCCAACCUGUCCUUAACGGCUACAGUCGCAUUGUCAACGGAGAAGAAGCAGUCCCUGGAUCAUGGCCCUGGCAGGUCUCCUUGCAGGAGACGAGCGGGUGGCAUUUCUGCGGCGGGUCUCUGGUCAGCGAGAAUUGGGUGGUGACGGCGGCCCACUGCGGAGUCACAAAAUCCAAUGUCGUGGUGCUUGGAGAACAUGACCGCAGCUCCUCGGCAGAGAAAAUACAGAAGCUGGCUGUUCAGAAGGUCUUCACCCACCCGGACUGGGACCCCGUCACUGUCAACAAUGACAUUGCCCUCAUCAAGCUGGCCACCCCCGCCCAGAUGACCGAUAAGGUCUCCCCCGUGUGCCUGACAGACAGCUUGGACCACUUCCGGAGCGGAGACCGUUGUGCCACCACCGGCUGGGGAAAGACCCGCUACAAUGCCUUCACCACUCCCAGCAAGCUGCAGCAGACCGUCCUGCCCCUCCUCUCCAACGAGCAAUGCCAGGACUACUGGGGCAGCAGCAUCUCCGACGUGAUGAUCUGCGCGGGAGCAGCUGGCUCCUCUUCGUGCAUGGGUGACUCCGGCGGACCCCUUGUGUGCCAGCGGGAUGGCAUCUGGAAGCUGGUGGGCAUCGUCUCUUGGGGCAGCAGCCGCUGCUCAACCACCACACCCGCUGUAUACGCCCGGGUUCAAAGCCUCCGCGACUGGGCGGAGCGGACCAUGGCCAGUAACUGAGCCGCCUAGGCUGGGAAGGCAGGAUCUGAGGGCAGGAGGGCGAAUAAAGGUUGUUUCUCCUCCGUGA